AUGGAGGUCAACAAGGGUGCGGUAGAAAGUGAGGAAGAGGUCGAGGAGGAUAGUGACGGGGAUGAAGACAGUGAUGGAAGUGAAGAAGUUUCGAGUGAAGAGGAUGCAAGUGAAGAGGAUACGAGUGAAGAGGAAGACGAGGAUAACGAAAAAGUUGAGAGGGGUGUGGUGGACGACGGUGAAUGUGUGCGCGUUAAUGGUGGUGAGGAGAUGGCGGUUGCUGUGGAUGACGGUGAUCUGUCUUCCGGGUCGGAGGACGAUGAGGACAUCUUCGUCGUCUCCGAAUCUUCUGACGACUCGGGCUUCAGAUCCGUGUAUCAGGGGUCAACUGUGGACUGGGUGGACGCGGUUGAGUAUGAUGGCGUUUCCAGCAGUGGUGAUGAGACAGCCUCGUCGAGAACAGCUUCCAUAUGUAGUGAGAGAUAUGGGUUCUGUGUCGACUAG